AUGAAGGUGUUACGUAUUAAUUCCUCCUUUCUUUCAAAUGACAUACAGCCUGAUGGAACAAUGUCAGUGGAUGGGAAGAGUUUUGCUUCUCUGGGUCAACUUUCCUAUUUUGUCCACAGGAACCAAGGAAAUCAGAGUUCUGGAGUCACAUUCACCCUCUUGGGGUUCUCAGAUUACACAGACCUGCAGGUGCCCCUUUUCCUGGUAUUCCUGAUCAUCUACACAGUCACUGUGGUGGGAAACCUGGGCAUGAUUGUCAUCAUCAGGAUCAAUCCUAAACUCCACACCCCCAUGUACUUCUUCCUCAGCCACUUGUCCUUUGUUGACUUCUGUUACUCCACAGUGGUUACACCCAAACUCUUAGAAAACUUGGUGGUGGAAGACAGAACCAUCUCCUUCACAGGGUGCAUCAUGCAGUUCUUCUUUGCAUGCAUAUGUGUAGUGACAGAAACAUUCAUGUUGGCAGUGAUGGCCUAUGACCGUUUUGUGGCAGUUUGUAACCCUCUGCUCUACCCAGUUGCAAUGUCCCAGAAGCUUUGUUGCUUGUUGGUCACUUCCUCAUACUCUUGGGGUAUAGUGUGUUCCCUAAUAUUUACCUACUUUCUAUUAGAGUUAUCCUUCAGAGGGCAUAAUAUCAUAAAUAACUUUGUCUGUGAGCAUGCUGCAAUUGUUGCUGUGUCCUACUCUGACCCCUACAUUAGCCAGAUGAUCAUUUUAGUGUCAGCCACAUUCAAUGAAAUAAGCAGCUUAAUGAUCAUUCUUACUUCCUAUGUUUUCAUUUUUAUCACUAUCAUGAAGAUGACUUCAACUCGGGGACGCCACAGAACCUUUUCCACAUGUGUUUCACACCUAACUGCCAUUACCAUCUUCCAUGGAACCAUCCUUUUUCUCUACUGUGUCCCUAGCUCCAAAAGCUCAUGGCUCAUGGUCAAGGUGGCCUCUGUCUUUUACAUGGUGGUCAUCCCUACGUUGAACCCUCUAAUCUACAGCCUCAGAAACAAAGAUGUGAAGGCAACCAUCCAGAAAUUAAUCCAUACCAAAUUAUUCUGUUACAAAAUGUAA